GUGUUAGUCACAAACCAACAUUCGUCUGAAAUCAGUUUAUCGCUUCAAGUGUUUCCACCAAAACUGUCAAAUUGUUUCUCAAAUGAGUGAAAAUUAAAUUAAAUCAUGGAAAACUAUACGGUCACUGGUCGCAUUGGAGAAGGUGCGCAUGGAUUGGUAGUGAAAGCCAUUAAGAAUGAGACGGGAAACGAAGUUGCGUUGAAAAAAGUAUUGCUGAAGAGAAUCAAUGAUGGUUUACCUGUUUCUAUAAUUCGAGAGGUUAAGACACUUCAAGAAAUGAAUCAUCCUUUUAUUAUUAAGUUGUUGGAUGCAUUUCCAUCAGGCUUCGACUACAUCAUGGUUUUUCACUAUAUGCCCUCUGGUCUUUGGGAACUACUGAAGGACAGUAAUAGACCUUUAACGCUCUCCAUGAAAAAAUGUUACAUAAAGAUGUUACUGGAAGGAGUAGCAUAUAUGCAUCGAACAAAUAUAAUGCACAGGGAUUUGAAACCAGCGAAUUUAUUAAUCGAUCCUAGUGGAGUUCUUAAAAUCGCAGAUUUUGGUUUGGCCAGAUUGACAUGGGAAGAAUACACAAGACCUUAUUCGCAACAAGUAGCAACGAGAUGGUAUCGAGCACCAGAAUUAUUGUACGGCUCGAAAUUGUAUUCAUCGUCAAUUGAUAUGUGGUCUGUCGGCUGUAUCAUUGCUGAAAUCAUCAAUAAUUCUCCAUUGUUUCCGGGGGACUCAGAUAUUGAGCAAUUAGCAAUGGUACUGCGGCAGCUUGGUACUCCAACAGUGGAAACAUGGCCAGAUCUGCAUUCUUUACCAGACUACAAUAAAAUUACUUUUCCCUAUCAAAAGGGGAUGCUAUGGGAGGAAGUUAUCCCGGACGCUACUUCAGAAGCUCUGCAUAUCAUUCGGAAUAUGUUGGUCUACAACUCAUCCAGUCGAUUGACAGCGAAUGAUGCAUUAAAACAGAAAUAUUUCUACACACGACCGUAUGCCUGCAUCAUUCAACAACUACCUAAACCACCUCAUAAUCACCGCAGUCUACUGCGUCCCAACGGGAUUGAUGUUUUUGGACGACCGACAAUCAUGUUUAAAGGAUUAAUAAAGCUAACUUAA